UAUUUUCCUUCCUCUCUUCCCUCUGCCCGGUCAUCCCUUUGUCUUCUCGGGCUCUCCUUUCAAUCUCUUUUCUUCUUUUUAUCAACACCCAAAAAGUCAUCCUUCAAUCGGAGGAGGAAGGAGAAGAGGAGGAAAGGAAGAAAGAGGGAUCAAUUUACACACCCAUCUGAUUCUUCUUCUCUUUUUUUUUGUUACCAUGGUUGAAACCAGGCGUAGCUCUUUCUCUAAACGUUCUCUUUCUUCACCUCAUGCCUCUCCCCCUCCUUCCGGCCCUCCUAAUUCCAAAAGAUCUAAGGUUGUUGAGGCAUCUUCAUCUACAGAGGAUGUUCAGAGCGCACCGCCUGUUGACCCUUUGAUCCCAGUUGGGGAAUCUGGAGUUGAACCUGUAGACCCAGUCAUACAAUCAGCUGAUCCGUUUGAUACUGAUUCGUUGAAGGUUAACAACGUAUGUGAUGAAGCUGUUCCUGAGAAUUCGCACGAUCUUCAGGCAGAAGGACAGGCUAUCAUGCCGCCUCAACCUUUAGGUGAUGUUGCAGCCGAUGCGGAGAAAUCUAAGGCGGUUGUGGCUAGCAUGCUCAAUCGAACGAAGAAGCGCACGAUGAGAAUGCCCAAAUCAAAUUCGAAGCCGGCGUGGGGAAAACUUCUUUCGCAGUGUUCACAGAAUCCACACUUGUUUAUUUGUGGUACUCUGUUCACUGUUGGUCAAAGUCGUCAGUGUAAUUUAUGGCUUAAAGAUCCAUCAGUUAGUACAACUUUGUGUAAGCUGAGGCACAUCAAGCGUGGGAACUCUUCUGUUGCUUUACUGGAAAUCACGGGAGGCAAAGGUGCCGUCAUUGUUAAUGGGAAGAUUGUUCAAAAAAAUUCAAGUGUAAUUUUAAAUGGAGGCGAUGAGGUCGUCUUCACUUCUUCUGGAAAGCAUGCUUAUAUAUUUCAACAACUCACUAGUGAUGAUUUUACUGUUUCUGGCCUGUCGUCUGUGAACAUUUUAGAAGCCCAUUGUGCUCCUGUUAAGGGGAUUCAUUUUGAAAGAAGGUCUAGGGAUGCCUCAGCCGUAACUGGUGCAUCCAUAUUGGCAUCUUUUUCAAAUAUUCAGAAAGAUUUGUCUUUGCUUUCCCCACCAGCUAAAACCAAUGAAGAUGUGAAGUUGCCCUCUGUUUGUGGAGUGUCAGGUGAACAGAGUCCAGACAGUAAUUUGAAAGAUGGUAGCACUAAUGAUACUGAUCGACAUGGUGAUGCAUCUAUGGACAAAAAUAUCGAUCCAAUUCCUGAUUCUGGGACUGAAAGACCCAGUCUUGAUAGGCUUGCUCUAGAUGCUUCUAUUGAUGGAGAAGUUGGGGAGGCUCCUGCAAAACAUUCUGAAUUACGGCCACUUUUACAAAUUCUAGCUAGUUCGGCAUCUCCUGACUUUAAUAUAAAUGGUGGUAGCAUUUCGAAGAUCCUUAAUGAACAAAGGGACAUGGGGAAUCUCUUUAAGGAUUUUAGCCCCCCUGCUGUGCUGAUGUCAACUCGACGUCAAGCAUUUAAAGAAAGAUUACAACAAGGCAUUCUUAAACCUGACAACAUUGAUGUUUCCUUAGAGAGUUUCCCAUACUAUUUAAGUGAUACCACCAAAAAUGUUCUGAUUGCAUCCAUGUUCGUUCACUUGAAGUGUAAUAAAUUUGUAAAGCAUGCUUCAGACCUUCCUAUUCUGAGCCCACGCAUACUGUUGUCUGGACCUGCAGGUUCAGAAAUAUACCAGGAAACUUUGACAAAGGCACUUGCUCGGCAUUUUGGGGCCAGAUUACUAAUUGUGGAUUCUCUUCUUUUGCCUGGUGGACCGACACCCAAGGACGUUGAUAUUGUAAAAGAUAAUUCAAGGCCUGACAGGACAUCGUUUUUUGCUAAAAGAGCUGUGCAGGCGGCUGCUGCUGCUGCUGUUUCGCAGAACAAGAAACCAACCUCCAGUGUUGAGGCUGAUAUAGCAGGUGGAUCUACUUUAAGCUCUCAGGCUUUGCCAAAACAGGAAGCAUCCACGGCUUCAUCAAAGACCACUGCUUUUAAGACGGGCGACAAGGUUAAAUUUGUGGGUACAUUAUCUUCUACGCUUUCACCUCCGCUUCAAACUUGUCCUCUCAGGGGACCCUCUUAUGGUUGUCGGGGGAAAGUUGUCCUUGCUUUUGAAGAGAACGGAUCCUCAAAAAUAGGGGUGAGAUUUGACAAAUCAAUCCCAGACGGUAACGAUCUAGGUGGCCUUUGUGAAGAAGAUCAUGGCUUCUUUUGUUCUGCUAAUCAUCUACUUCGCUUGGAUGGUCCUGGAGGCGAUGAUACUGAUAAGCUUGCUAUUGAUGAAGUUUUUGAGGUUGUCUCAAAUGAGAGUAAAAACAGCCCGCUAAUAUUGUUUGUCAAAGACAUAGAAAAGGCAAUGGUUGGACACUCAGAUGCUUACUCUAUUCUAAAGGGGAGGCUUGAAAAUUUGCCAGGAAAUGUUGUUGUUAUUGGCUCCCACACCCAUAUGGAUAAUCGGAAAGAAAAGUCCCAUCCUGGUGGUCUUCUAUUUACCAAGUUUGGAAGCAACCAAACAGCGUUGCUUGAUCUGGCUUUCCCGGAUAAUUUUGGCAGAUUGCAUGAUAGGAACAAAGAAACACCAAAAGCGACAAAGCAACUUAGUCGACUCUUUCCUAACAAAGUGACCAUAUUACCUCCUCAGGAGGAGGCCUUACUUUCAGUGUGGAAGCAGCAAUUGGAACGCGAUACUGAAACUCUGAAAACACAGGCAAAUAUCGUCAGCAUUCGCCUAGUUCUCAAUCGAAUCGGUUUGGAUUGCUCUAACCUCGACACUCUCUGCAUUAAAGAUCAAGCACUAACAAUUGAAACCGUUGAGAAAGUUGUAGGCUGGGCUUUGAGUCAUCAUUUCAUGCAUUUUUCUGAUGUGUUGGUUAAGGAUGCUAAACUCAUCAUUUCUACAGAAAGCAUUGAGUAUGGGUUGAAUAUUUUACAUGGUCUUCAGAGUGAGAACAAGAGCUUGAAGAAGUCACUCAGGGAUGUGGUCACUGAGAAUGAAUUCGAAAAGAAACUUCUUGCCGAUGUUAUUCCGCCUGGUGACAUUGGUGUUACAUUUGAAGACAUUGGUGCUUUAGAAAAUGUGAAGGACACUUUGAAGGAGUUGGUGAUGCUUCCCCUACAGAGGCCUGAAUUGUUUUGCAAAGGGCAGCUAACUAAGCCAUGCAAAGGAAUUUUGCUUUUUGGUCCACCUGGUACUGGAAAAACAAUGCUUGCUAAAGCUGUUGCAACUGAGGCUGGUGCAAACUUUAUCAACAUUUCCAUGUCAAGCAUUACUUCUAAGUGGUUUGGUGAGGGUGAAAAAUACGUAAAGGCAGUGUUUUCCCUUGCAAGUAAAAUUGCUCCAAGUGUUGUGUUUGUUGAUGAGGUUGAUAGCAUGUUAGGAAGACGUGAAAAUCCAGGAGAACAUGAGGCUAUGCGCAAAAUGAAAAAUGAAUUUAUGGUGAAUUGGGAUGGGUUGCGAACGAAGGAUAAAGAACGUGUACUGGUACUUGCUGCCACCAAUAGGCCAUUUGAUCUUGAUGAGGCUGUGAUUAGGAGACUUCCUCGGAGAUUGAUGGUUAACUUGCCAGAUGCCCCAAAUAGAGAAAAGAUUUUGAGAGUUAUACUGGCCAAAGAAGAAUUGGCCGCUGACAUUGAUUUAGAGGCAAUUGCAAAUAUGACUGAUGGGUAUUCUGGAAGUGAUUUGAAGAAUCUGUGUGUAACAGCAGCACACUGCCCCAUCAGAGAAAUUUUGGAUAAGGAGAAAAAGGAAAGAGUCUCUGCUUUGACCGACAACAAACCGUUACCUGCACUAUAUAGCAGCACCGACGUUCGCUCUUUAAAAAUGGAGGACUUUAGAUUUGCACAUGAGCAGGUGUGUGCGAGUGUCUCAUCGGAGUCGACAAACAUGAAUGAGCUCCUACAAUGGAACGAUCUCUAUGGAGAAGGUGGGUCGAGGAAGAAGAUGUCUUUGAGCUACUUCAUGUAGAGGUGAUUGUAUGAUUGUAUCCUUGUAUAGAGUUUCUUGCCCUUUUCUUUUUUCAUUUCUUUGAUUUCCAAAUUCGUCCCCACCACUUGAAAAGAGUAGAAGAUCGGGGAUAUCAAUGUGUGGAAAUCCAUCCUCUGACCCCUGGCCCUCCUCCCCGUCCCCACACCACCCCACCCUCCAUUCCUUUUGUUGUAUCAUAUAUAGUUUUUUCUUACCCUCAUUUAUUUAAUUCUCUAUGCUUUUGUAGGAAUUUUAUAAUUUCCUUAGGUAAUUUGACCGAAACCUUUUUCCAUCUUUUUCUGUAGCUCUUCUGGUUAACCUGGUAAAAUUCAGUAUGUAUACAUAUAUAUAAUUAUGUAUGUUGUACUAAUUAAUGAAAUCAAUAAGUCCCAUUUUUGUAACA